UCAAGAUUCUGGAAAGGACAAUCGGUUGCUAUAAGUUUAAAUAUACCUAGAAGCAACAGCUGUGGAAUCUUAGCAAUAGGCAACUAUGUAGUUUCAAAUGUUGUCAGCUACGAAUUCGCAUUCACCGGAAGCGGCAUAGUGAGGAAUUAUAUACUUCACAUAUCAGCUCCUUUACUACUAUCGUUCAUAUCGUAACACAUUUUCAAUUUGGUAUGUUCGGCCUGGCCAAAAGCGGUACAGCAUCUGGGCAGUUAUGUGAGAGACAUUGAAUACCUAGAUGAUGAAUUGUCACCAGUCAAUUAUGAAUAACGUCCUCGCUAUUUCCGUCAAAUCAAUAAUUUCCAUGUUCUCUUUUCCCCCAACUCACCUAGCGUUAUGAGAAACCGAGAAGUUAAAUGUUGCACUCAUUGACAGACUUCAAAAUUCACGCUCCACAUCAUCCACCUCAUCACCCUCGAAACUUUUGCGACAGGAGCCUUAUAGCAACACAGAACACACCACCGUCAGGAUGGCUGGCUUCAGCAGUUGGUUUUCUCGUGGGGCACCUAACAGUUCACCUAUCACACCUACACCUAGUAACAGCGGGAACAAUGGCUUUCUAAGGAAUAGGGUUUUUGGUGGUCGUGUUACAAAACACCCCUGGACGCCUAAGAAGAAGACACAUGAAGAGCCAACCAACAAUGCAGAAGGGCGUGGAUGGAAAAGGCUUCUAGGAAUGGGAGUUAAUGCGAGCCGACAAGUUGAGGAUGAAGAAGUUGACAACAUUAUCAAAGAGGAGGAAGAAGAAGAAGAAGACCUUUUUAAGGAAGAUAAAGCCCAUGACCAUGGAGGCGACAAGAAGGUAGACGGAAGGCCAGAAUCUCCAGAUCCCGUGGCGGAAAGCUACAAUAAUUUAGUCGCAAUUGCAUCAAUCGAAGGUGAUUUGCUGCCAGAAACCCCAGAGCACCCGGCAGAUCGACGCAAUAGCAUCGCCAAGAACGCACCGAGAGAAUGGGCUGCGUUAAGUGACGACGGAUCCGCAAGCGAAUCAGAAGCGUCCUCAACUACUCAGGAAACAAACCAGGACUAUGACCCGGAAGACGGAUGGCGCUACGAACAGGUCUUCCUCAAUCAGAUUCUGAGAGGACGAGACGAAUACUCCCUCAUGCCCUCGACUUGGAAAAUGCACUUCCGAGGAGUUCCUCUACCGGAAGGUCUUUUCUACAUCAAAACACACGCUAUAAGUGUCCGGCCAAGGAUAUAUGCCCGCACGGAUAGGCUUGAAUACCGAGGAGCGAUCGCGCUUCGUAGGUUGAUGGACAUCCAUGGGCGUAUCCGCGACAUACGCAAAGCGAAAACAGAUGCUACGCAGGAUGAAGAUGAACGACGAAUCGUCAAACAUAUCAGAGCAAGAGUUCAAGAUGCCUUGCGCUGGGCUGAGCUUGAUGGUGACAUCGCCAAGUACAGCAACACCCUACCGCCCAACGUUCGAUUAAUAGAGAUGUAUGAGGCAGACAAGGAUAAUAUGCAUAUAUCCAUCCAGAACAGCAUGGCAGAGAUGGCGGCAUCAUGGAGAGAGAAAUUAGAACGCGUACCCGAAGACCAGAGACCAGUACCGCCGGUAAUAUUCGGGCUCGUCAUCUUCAAGCACAUCUUGUUCAUCGUCACAUUGGAUUCCAAAGACCCGGAAGCCAGCUGCCACAUUCCGAUUCAGGUGAAUUUAUCGGAAAAUAACCAAAACCAGUGGAACGCGUUGGCGAUUAUGGUUACCAUCUGUUGGGCCCGCGAUCUCUUUGCGGACGUGGCAAACAGGAUCCCCGAUUUACUCUUGGAAGCCCCGAGUGCCGAUAGCGAUCCAGAUGCGUAAUAUACGCCCACACAGAAGGACAGCGACAAAGUUAUGAUAAGUUUCCUUUGUAUUAGCGGGUUUAAGAGGUCCUUACGACGGGAGGGAUGGGUUGAAAGUUACUCUUUUAGGUAUCAUAUUUGGAUUGCGGAUUGCUAUCGACUUUUUGUGGCUUAUUGAGACCAGUUGAGACCUAGAGAUCUAGGUUGCUAGAUAUCGAAAUACUGAGGCAUGGCGCAUAUGGAAUUAGUGCUAAUGAUACCAUCUUAUUUUUAUCAUGAAUUCGAUCUCGAAGUGUGGUCAAAAUAAGAUUGUUACUGACUGGUUCAAUUCUUCUUUUCCGAUGGGUGGAAAUCC